AUGGCGUCGCCUAUCCCCCCAGAUCCCUAUGUGGCCUUGGGUGUCUCCAAAGAUGCUGAUCUCUCCGCCAUCCGCGCCGCUCACCGGAAACUGGCCCUCAAGUACCACCCCGAUCGAAUAAAGGACGCAGCUCUACGAGAAAAGGGCAAAGACGAAUUUCAGAAGAUCCAGCAGGCCUAUGAGAUUCUUAGCGAGCCUGACCGCCGGCAACGGUAUGAUGAUCAGGUGCGGUUAGCGGAGCUUCGAAAGGAGGCCAUGAUGAGAGAUCCGCCACCGUCGAGCACAACCACUCGUACCUAUCCCAUGAGGCCUGCACCGCAAGCGGCCACAUCUCAACCUCGUGAUUACAACGACCAGGGCAAUUACUUUGAAGAGGUCCGCCAACCUCGCGAUACCUACGAAUACAGAGACCCAUAUGACGAGCAACCUCCACGAGCAACCUCUCGAAAGUAUGCCGAGUUUGAAAAACGCUCCGCUCCACCCCCCAAGACAUCAGAAAAAUCCAGGAAACCUACAGGCGUCUGGCCCGGCAUGCCUGCGGCAAUGGCCGCGGGCAAGUUCAAGGCUCAAGCAGAAAAGAUCAGGAACAGCAAAGCAGAGGAAAAGAGGAGUGACAAGGAGAAGAGGCGGGAAAGAACCGACAAAGCACAGACGAGGAAACCUGCCAACUUCGAAGGCACUGACAGCGAUUCCGACUACACCGAAAUUCGCCCCUCGAUGAAAUCCUCUCGCUCCAAGACCACCUCGGCUUUUGAUCGUUCCUCGGAGAGGCCACGCACAACCCCACGUGCCGACCGGUCUCGCGACUUGGACGACGAUAGCUUUGAUGAGAAAUGGGAACGACAUCACGAGGAGAGCAAGGCUUAUAUGGCCAAGGCGAGCAAUGGCCGGCCCAGCCUGGAUCGCACUGGAUCGGAUGCUUAUCAGUACUGGAUUGGAGAAUCGAGGGGCGGCGGCCGCAAGAGUGGUUCGGAAAAUGAAAAGAGACCUGGAUCGUCUAAGGGCCGGCGAACACAUCCCGAAGACUACUUUGCACCACCCUUUACCAAAUCUACCUCCUCACCGUCCAACCUCCGAGCUCAUGUCGAAGAGCGUGUCCCAUCUAGACCCACGACACGGGAGCGUGAACGGGAACGCGAACGAGAUCAUGACCGAGAGCGAGAGCGGGAGCGCGAACGCGAACGCGAGCGAGAUCGUGCUGACCGAAGACCAGCACCCCCUGGCCUGCAUCGUUCUCAAACUACACCGAUACCCAAAGUAUCGUCAACGCGAAAGGACAAUACACCCGCCAAAGGCUCCAAUUUGAAGCAUGGCGAGACAACAAUGCACGAUUCUGGAUACGGCAGCAGUUCCAGUCCGCACACGCCUGAGAUGCGAGAAGAGAGCCCGCCUAGGUCGGGAAAGUCCCGUUAUCCUUCGACAACAUCGACCAAGUAUCAGAUUGUUGAUCCAGACCCGGAAGCUGAAGACUAUGGACGGACCCCCAGGGUGCGGGAGGUUUACGGUGAUUACGAUGACCGCUCUCACAGGAGAUUUCACCGCAGCCCGGAGCCCAUGGUGGUGGAGCCAUCACGGGACUCCGACCGCCGAAAAGAGAGACCAGACCGUCCUCGGGUUGAUACCAAGAAAUCGUCUCGCGGCGCUGCUAUGAUGCAGGACUUUAUCCCACCCUCACCUAACAUGCGACGAAGCGAUUCGGCACGAUACGAGGAACGACCGUCUCCGCGUUCUCCGCGCGACACGCCACCCAUCUCGCGCAACAACAGCGGUCGUGAGAAGUCAUUUGGUGAGGCUCCCGAAGAACGAGAGCCCUCGCGAUACAGCCGGCCAUAUCCUGCGGACAAAAUCCACAUCACGCCUCGUCGAGAACCGCAAUAUUCGCAAUACGAGUAUCGCGAACCCGAUGAACGAUCACGGUUCCGUGACGCUCCCCGAAUGACGCCCCGACGGCCGUCGGUGAAUGCAUACUAA